AUGAGGCUGACACAAGAUCCAAGUGAUAUUGGUGCAAGAGAAUUUGUUGAAUGGAUAUUGAAAAUUGGUGAUGGUGGACUUAAUGAUAGUGAAAGUGAAGCAUUGAUUGAAAUACCACAUGACUUACUAAUUCAACCUGGUAGUCAUCCUUUCAACGAUAUCGUGAAUGUUACUUAUCCUGACUUCCAAGCUAAAUUCAACGAUUCAAAGUACUUAGAAGAAAGGGCAAUUUUAGCUCCAACAAAUGAAGUAGUUGAAGACAUAAAUGAUUACAUGAUUGACCUUAUUAAUGUUGAUGAAAAGACAUAUCUCAGUGCAGAUUCAAUAUGUAAAGCUACAACCAACAUUCUAGAUCAAGAUAUGAUGUAUCCAACAGAGCUUCUCAAUUCAUUGAAGUAUCCCAGUAUUCAAACCCAUAAACUUAGGUUGAAAGUGGGAUUGCCAAUAAUGCUGCUUCGAAAUUUAAACCAAAGUGCUGGACUUUGUAAUGGUACCAGACUUUUAGUCACUCAGUUAUCAAAAUGGGUUUUGGAAGCUCAAAUAAUAUCAGGAUCUCAUGUUGGAGAUAAAGUAUUUAUUCCAAGAAUAGUUUUUUCCCCUUAUGAAUCUAAAUGGCCUUUUGUACUAAAAAGAAGACAGUUUCCAGUAUCUGUUUGCUUUGCUAUGACAAUUAAUAAGAGCCAGGGACAAUCUUUGAAAUCUGUUGGACUUUAUUUAGAGAGACCAGUUUUCAGUCAUGGACAGUUAUAUGUUGCCGUCUCUAGAGUUACAAGCAGAAAUGGUCUUAGAAUACUUAUUGCAGAAAAUGAUAAUGGCAAUCACUUUCAUACAAAAAAUAUUGUAUAUAAAGAAAUAUUUAAUGAUCUACCAAAAGAUUUAUAUCGCAAUGAAGUACAAAACUUUGAAGCAAAUAUCAGUGAAUGUGGGAUGCAGUUAACAUAG